GUGCAGCUCACUGGAGCUGCGUUGUGCGGGAAGACAAGGCGCUCUGCUCGGUGCGGAGAUCGUGACCCAUCGAAAUGUGAUAAGAUGUCUGGGGGAUCAUGUCAGUGAUCAUGUGCCUCAUUGGCACCGAGCCGGUGGCUGCUGAGCCGUAAGCGACUGCAUGAGCCAUGGACAGCCGAAAGGAGAGCAACACAAGAAAACAGUCAAUGAAAUCCAAAUCGUCGAAGGAGCAGAAACUCAGAAGUGGAAAGUUCGUCAGGAGGAAAUCGCUGCGUUCUUUAGGGAAUUUUAUGGGAAGGAUCCUGAAAACUUUGGGCACUUUAGCGCACUUGGGCGACGCAGAGCCGCCGGACGCGGAGGAGGACGACGGCGGCUUCGUGCGGAGCGCCUCGGGCGGCUUCAGGGACGAUUUCUCGCAGACCUCCAGGGAGGGAGCCGCGAAGAGGAGCUCCGCGGUGUCCUCCUAUCACGGUUCGGUGAAGGAGAGGCUGUCGUGGAGCUACGGCGACAAGACUCCCGGCGUGCUGGGACUGAAGAACCACGGGAACACCUGCUUCAUGAAUGCCGUGGUCCAGUGUCUCAGCAACACGGACCUGCUGGCCGAAUACCUGGGGCUGGGGCAGUACAAGUCGGAUAUUAGCAGCGGGAUGACGAACGGUGAGGUGAGGGCGGAUGAGGCGCGGAGCUCCGAGGGUGAAGUAACCGAGCAGCUGGCGUCGCUGGUUCGAGCGCUAUGGACGCUGGACUACACCCCGCAGAUGUCUGGAGAGUUCAAGAGCAUAGUGUCAAAAUACGCCUCUCAGUUUCGGGGAAACUCUCAGCAUGAUGCGCUUGAGUUUCUCCUCUGGCUGCUGGACAGAGUUCAUGAAGAUGCCAAUCCAACUCCUGACAACAACAGCAGCGGCAAGACCAAAGCCAGCAGUAAGGCAACCAGUGGGUCAGAGAAUCCUUCCAGUUUACCCAGCACACAGCAGCCUCGGGGUCACCACAGCUUUGUCCAAGAACACUUUCAGGCUCAGUACAGGUCUUCCCUGACGUGCCCUCACUGCCUUAAGCAAAGCAACACCUUUGACCCAUUUUUAUGCAUCUCUCUACCGCUUCCCCUGCGACAGACUAGGCCGCUGUGUGUGACACUGGUGUUCAGCACGAAGGGUCAAAGGUACUUGCGGGUGGGGCUUGCUGUGCCUCUGUUUGGUUCUGUAUCCUCCCUGAGAGCCAUGGUAGCAGCAGAAGGCAACAUCGCUCCUGAUCAGGUCAUCCUGUCCGAACUUUACUCCACCGGUUUCCAGCGUUCCUUUUCAGAUGACGACGACUUGACCGCCAUCGCCGAUAGUGACGUCGUCUACGCCUUCCAGGCUCCUCCAAACAGCAGUCGUGGAGGCUCUGUUCCUCACUCAGGGUAUCACCACAGCCUCCCAUCAUCUCCGUACUCCUCCACCAGAGGGCCCAAUGGUCAGAAGUUACCUGCAUCAGGACGACUCUCCUCAGAGUACCUGAAUCAGAGCAGCUCCUCCAAGGUUCUCCUGCUCAUGUGCAAUACAACUGGGUCUGGACAGCAAGCUGCCAGAUUUGGGCCUCCUUUUCUCAUGCUUGAAGACAGGAAUAUCUCGUGGGAGCAGCUGCAGCAGAGCAUCCUCAGCCAGCAGUAUUAUCUCAUGCUGAAUGGAUCCCAGGCUCAGAAUGCUGGCAUUGAAUUUAAGGUCAGAGUGGUUAGCGGAUCCACAGCCUACAGCUACUUGUCCCCAAAGGACAGUCGACCAUUGUGCCACCCUGCAGUCGACAGAGCUUUAAAGUUUUGUGGGCCAGGAGGACCUCCUCAUGUGAAGCUUGCUAUUGAGUGGGACCACACCUCUAAAGAACGUCUGUUUGGCAGCAUCCAUGAGGAGGUGGUGAAAGACGCAGAGAGUGUGAGGAGCCAGCAGCAGCAACACCUGCAGCAGCACAACUGCACCUUGGACGAAUGCUUCCAGCUUUAUACCAAAGAAGAACAGCUUGCUCCAGACGACGCCUGGAAGUGUCCGCACUGUAAGCAGCUGCAGCAGGGCAUGGUGAAGAUGAGCCUGUGGACGCUGCCUGACAUCCUCAUCCUCCACCUCAAGCGCUUCCGUCAGGUUGGUGAACGGAGGAACAAGCUGUCUACCCUGGUUCGGUUCCCCCUGACUGCGCUGAACAUGGCCCCUCAUGUAACGAAGAGUAGUCAAAGUAUGAAGAAUCUACAUUCGGGGUCUUCUUCCUCUUCCCGGAAACAGCCUUCAGGCCAAACUCAUCAUCCUGCUGACUCACUUCUCCCACAAGAUUGCCUGUACGACCUCUAUGCUGUGUGUAACCAUCAUGGAGGAAUGCAUGGAGGACACUAUACAGCUUACUGUAGGAACUCUGUGGAUGGCCAGUGGUACAGCUACGAUGACAGCAGCGUGGAUUUGGUGCCAGAGGACGAAGUGUGUACCAAGGGAGCUUACAUCCUUUUCUACCAGAGACGCAACGUUAUUCCUCUGUGGUCGGCCAGUAGCUCUGUUCGAGGAUCCAUAAGUUCAUCAGUGUCGGACCACUGGCUAAUCAGACUAACAGGGGAGAGCAAGAGAGGCAAUUUGGUGUCUCCUUCCUCCAACAUCAUCUCUUCUUUAUCAGACUCUGCAGAGCCUCCCCUGUUCCACAACAAAGAUUUUGAAGAAGAAAGGGGUGGUUUUGAAAGCCGCCCGUUUGUGCGAGGGCUUCAGGGACGCAGCGUAAGUAUGAGAGUUCCCUCCAAGCCAAAAGAGAGCCUGAGCAAAAAGCUUCCUUUGCGCUGGUCCCUUGGUUCAAAAGAGAGACGAAAACCUGAGCAAGUGUCUCCUCCAACGCAAGACCCCGACCCUGCAGAACUAGUGGAGUACUUAGAGUCUGGUCGACGACCCCGCUGCACGAAGGAUUCAAUAGUAACCCUGAUGAAUGAGUCACGUAGCAGCAAAAAACCCUCUGUAGGCCGGGCAGCCAGUGUUCGAUCUGCAACAGUUGGUAGUAUGAGUUGUGUUGGUAAGAUGGAAGAAGAGCCACAUUAUUCCCAGGUUCCAGAGGGUCAGAGAAAACCGUCAGAACGAACGUCAGAAAAGACAUCUGGGAAGACGGCCAGUCUGAGACGGAAAAAGGAAAACGUGGCAAAAGAAGAGAGCUCAGGGAAUAUGAGCGCUAGCUCUGGUAGCAACACCCUUUCCAGGAGGAAGGAGGGCAAGAGGGAGAGCUCUGCUAAAUCUUCACAAGAUUCAGAGAGAAAACUGAGUUCCAGCGCCGGAGUCCGUCAUAGUUACAGCACAUCGAGCCUUCAGGAUGGAACUCUAAGAAGACAAAAGGGAGACAAAGCGAAUAAGGAUCACCACAGCUCUGAAGCAGACAAGUCAAAGACAAUAAAAGAUGAAGUGCCCAAGAGUCAAGACAGUCUCUUCUCGUUUCUAAAAGGCAACUUCUUAAAGAAGGAUAAGAACUCUAAAAAGUCCAAGGAUGGCGAGUCAGAAAAAAAAGGUGGUGAGGAGAAAGGCAGGAGGACUUCGUCCAGGACGUCAAUACCUAAUGGAGCAGCUGGAGGAAGAACUGGAGUGGAAGGAAGCAAAUCAAAUAGUUCAGGCCGUCGGAUUGAUGAACUGGCAAACGGAAAGUUAGGACGCCCCACAGCUGACAUUAGACGCUCGCAGAGCUCCUCGAACAUCCCCACCAAAGCAGAGCAAAGCAUACGCAGGACAGCGUCCUUACAUCGUAAUGGGAUGCCCACAACGCCAGCACAACGUCUGACCACAGACAAACAGUCUUACAGCACUCUGCAGAGGAAUCGCUACAGCACAAACUCACUGGGCCGCAAGAAGACUGUCCCCGAGUCCAGCUUCUGACCCAGAGACACGGAGUCUUCUGCCGACGGAGAGCAAACGACUCACCAUCUUUUUGAUCAAAGCAAUAGAGCUUUACUUACAAUGAAGUGAUUUAGUGUUCCCGGAAAAUAAACAACUCAAGUAGUUUGCACAAUAAAGCUGGGAAACAUGAACUUGAGCUGGAAAACCUGUGGCCUCCCCAUUAAGACAUAUCAGUGGGAACUCAUUUUAUCAGUAAUAUAUAUACAUUAUGUUUUUAUGAUUUAAAAGAAGUGCCUAAGCAACACAAAUGCAGAUAUAAUGAUUUAUUUUCGUCUAUCAUCCUGGAGUCGCAGGUACAGGAUUUAUUUCCUACUAAUGCAGUAUGAAUGUUGAAAGACAUCACUCCAUUUUUAACUCGAAUGGUUUUGUCAUCAGGGCACAAUGACGAUUCAUUUAUAAGAAUGUAUUUUCUCUACUUGAUUAACAGCAGUGCUUUGAGGUUGUGAUUAUUGUUAAAUAUUGUUUGAUGAAACCUUUAUGCAUCGAAUCAUCUCCAUAUGGUUAACAAUGCGGGUGUGAUUAUUCAGUGCUUUAACCUUCAGCAAUUGCCUACUGUGAAGAAAGAUAUUAAUAUAUGAUGUAACUAAGAAUGUUUUUUUUAUAAAACAAAACACUAUAUUUUUUUCAGGACUUAAGCUGCUGCUUUUUUUCUGUUUCCCCUUCAUGAUGUUUUUUUUGUUCAUAAUUCAGUGUUUUGCUUGAACUCUAAAAUCUUUUGAUGCAUACAUUUAUCUGUGGGAGUACGGUGGUGAAGCACCUGGACGAGACGGGAGUUUUUUUUUCCCGUCUUUGCUCAAAAUGCAGAAAUGUAGCUAUACUGGUUCUUUGUUUGCUGCUGAUCUUAUUUAUGGUGGUAGAAAAUGUGCCUCUUCGAACCUUAUUCCACUAAAUAUUCCAGUGAAUAUUCCUCUGAAAUAGCUUAAAUAAUUUUGUUUUAUUGCAUUCUGCAAAAGAAAACUGUCAGCAUCUCAACUGAGAGAAACGGAGACGAGAUUUGACACCAAAACCUAAGACGUUAAAGUUUAUUUAAUGUUUCUGUAUAAAUCAUUCCAUUCACUAUUUUCACAUGAUUUUGCAUUUAGUUUUGCUGCAUACAAACUAAGUAAAUGGCUGGAAAUAUUGCAACAGUUUAAAAAAAAAAAAAACAAUAUCAAACCUGUUUUAGCCCAAGCCAAAUCCUAAAAGAAGAAAUUCGCAUUGGUACACAUAAUUUUACAAAACUGCUUCCAUCGGUUUGUGCAGCUUCCUCCUGUACUUCAUCAAAGUAGCAAAAACCCUGGUAGAUUUGCACUGCAGCCCUCGGGCAACUGGUUCAGUCAUCAGCAGUAAUCACCUCUAUGGUUUUACAUUUAAAGGAAGAAGAAAUAUGUUUAAAUCUCUGUUUUGAAUACUAAUAACAGUGUUUUGCAUUCAGUGUAAGCGCAACGGUGCUGCUGCCAACUCGGACAACUUUGAUGUUUGAUGCCGGACAACUUUUUCCUGCAUUUACCUGGGAAAUUUUCUGGCAUAUUUUAAUUAGCUGAAAAUAUGUCAUCAGUAGUGUUGCCCAAAUGUUUCUAUUUAGACACUGGUUACCCUACUCAAGAAAUUAAUUUUACAUUUAUUUUAAUACAUUAAAACUCCAAAGAGGAGCCAAAACAUAACCAAGGGUGUAGCUGAUUUUUUUUAUUAUUAUUUUGGAAAGCUUAACGUUUUAUCUCAGUCUAAUAUUCUUUAGGCUUAGACAGAGCAGAAAUGGGACAAAGCUAUGCAUAAAAAUCACUUUGCACUCCAAAGUGGGCAGCUGUCAAGUAGCGAUAUUGUCGCAUCAAAAAGGAUUUUCAAAAAAUGUUGUUUUUUUUAGUUUUGGGGGGGUUUUUUUAAUAAAAAAGUCUUUAUGUUUUAGGAUAAGAGGAACAAACACAGGAAAAAAGCUCAAGGUUUUUGUUGACAUUAUUGUUAAUAUUAUCAAACUGAAGGUCCGCCGCAGAUUUUUAUUUGGCCCUCUGAACACAAAAGACCACAUAGAUAGUUUUUAAGAUGUAGCUUUGUGCUUAAAUAUUUUAUUAAUCAAAUAAAAUGAAAUAAUUUUUUAUCUGUCUACUCAAACAUACAGAUUUUUAUUCAUAUUUUAACAGUUGGUUAGCGGAUGGUUUGUCGAUGUAUUCUGCUGUAACCAGCCCCUGAAGGACAUUCAUGUUCUUGAUAUGACCCAAAAUAAAAAUCUGUUUUUCUGCCCUGCUCUACAUAUUCACUUCACAUGUGCACACCACAAGUGUUAUUUAAAAAUACUUUGUAAAAUGGCAAAUUUCUGUUUGGAAAGAAAACUCUUACCAUUUUCCAGUUUGAUUUAUUUCAACCAUGCAAUAAAAGAAGAAAACAGAACAAAACUGAUCAAUACUGAACAAAACUUUUUCCUCAACCUAAUUACUUCCAUCCUUGUCUAUUAGAUUGCCACCAGAAAUCCUGUAAUACUUGCGAUCAGCCAACAGAAUCAGGAUUUUAAAGAAUAUCUGGAGCAUUGCCAAACAGUGUUGGGCUAAAUUUUCACUCAAGACAUUUAGCGUUCAUGUUUUUAUGUGUUUUUUUUUUUUUUUUUACUGUUUACCCUUGCCUCUCAGUUUAGAACAUUUAUAACGUACAUUUGAAGUUUAAUCGAAAUAGAAACAGUAAAAACACACAACAUAAAAAAGGCACUAAUUUUAUUUCUAGCACAAAAAGCCAAAAAGUGCAUUUGCAAAGUGGAACUUAAUGUCUUUGUUUUUUUGGGUUUUUU